GAAACGUGCUCGAAGUUGUUGUUAUGCUGAUGGCAGAGAUUUUCGCACUGGUCCUAGCGUUCAAUUGUUCAUAGUGGCCUUAUAUUUUGGGAGACGGGAAGGGAACUUCAACCAGAGGACAAAUAGGAGCGAAGUUGUCAUGACAACAGCUAGGAAGGCAAAUAUUAUAAUAAUCUAGUAAAUGUUGCUCACACAAAAGAAAUGGCAUAUUUUACAACCGUCCGGAACCUAAUCUGCUUUAUAUCAGCUGGUAUUUCAAAAUCACUCCCUUGUCAUCUUCUGUUAUAUACCAUCAAAGAAGCACCUUCUUGUGACCAACAAGAAGUGCAUGAAUGCCCUACUAUUUAAGUAGAAGCUAUUUAGAUUUUACUUAAGUACAGAAGAACAUUAUUCUUUUAUCUAGCAUCUGUGCCCUUUUAAUUUGUCAUGCUGUUCAAGAUGGAGAGAAAAAAUAUUGCUUUAUGGGUUUUCAUUACUACAUUCUUGGCUGUGAUAUCUAAGUCAAAUUGUCAAUAUAGACCAGCUCCUGCACUUCCAUUCCCGAGUUUUCCUGCACUCCGUCCUCUGUGCCUUUCCCAAUUUGCCCUUGUUAAUCAUGCAUGUUCUAUGCUUCCUUAUUCACCGUUGCCCCCUCCUGCUCCACCUUCUCCACCAACUCCUCCUGCACCUGCUCAACCCCCUUGCCCCCCGAAAACUGGCCAUCGACAUGGACACCAUCACAGGCAUAGGCAUACCAGUUCCGCCCCUGUAAGUGCUGCAGCAGAGGAAUGUUGUCGCUGGUUGAAAGAAGUCGACACUCAAUGUGUCUGUGAUUUGCUCGUUCGUUUGCCUAUAUUUCUGGCCAAGCCUUCACAUGAUUAUACGGUUAAUGUUAGUGAAGACUGUAGUGUCACCUAUCAAUGUCCAGGCCGGGUGAUGAAUUGAUUUGUGAGGUUCAAUUUGAUUUAUAAGGUGUUAGGGUAUGUACUAUGUAGGCUAAAGGGGUAUGGUAAUUAUUUAUGCAACUUUUUAAAUAAUAGCUGUUUAUGUAUGGUGCUUUAUUUUGUGUGUACUCUUCAAAUAACAUAGCUCUUUGCAUAUGUAUAAGUAUUAAUUUCUUUCACUUCA